AUGAUGCACUAUUUUUCUCAAACACCUCCACUUUCUUCUACUCCAGCGGGUGAUGAAAAUGUUCCGAGAGCAACGGAAUUUCCCAAAUUUUCUACCCAAAUAGCUCUUGGUGGCAUGAUUGGUGCUAGAGAACCCAUUCCCAACGCAAAUGCAGAUGAAUCAGCUCAAGCUUGCCGUAGAAGCCCUACGUGGAUCAACGAUCAAAAUUUGGUGCUACUUAGUGGAUGGAUUAAAUAUGUAACAUACAUCAUUGUUGGCAAGAACCAGAAAAGCGAAGCAUACUGGAGAAUAGCUUACCAGUUUUCAAAACGCAUUCUUGAAGAAGGAGCUGAGACCCAGAUUGAUAAGAUUAACAAUACAUGUAGGCAUAGGACAUUGGAUAUGGUGAGAAGUGUUCUCAAGGAUGAGUAUGAUGAAGUUUUGCAAGACACGGUCUUCGGUCCGAUUUUGGCAAUCCUAGAGAACAAGCUCAUGUACUCAGGGAAGAUUAUUCACAGCUUCAUAUGCAAGCAGCUCAAGGUUUCCAAGCUUCCCGAGCUGUGGUUUGUAUUUGCAAGGAGGCCUCUUAGGUUUUCACAGCAAGAAUUUUAUGCUGUGACUGGACUCAAGUUCAAGGAUGAACCUGACGUAGACUUUGAAGAUUGGGAGGAUGAUAAGUUGUUUUGGAGCAGGGUGUUGAAGCAGAACAGGAAGAUCAACUUAUUGAGAUACCUCAUAGCUAAGGAUGAUAGAGUUUCUAUCCCUCUAGAAUACAUCCGCUUGGUGAUGGAUUUUGGUAAGAUGAGGAUGUUUCCUUGGAGUCUUCACGCAUAUGAUGAGCUGAUUGAUUCAAUACGCAAAGCAACCAAAGAUCUACAUCUGAAGAACAGUUACGUGUUGGAUGGAUUCUCCAUUUCGUUUCAGAUAUGGGUUAUGGAGGCAAUCCCCGACAUUGGUACUAUGGUGGGUCAAAAGUUCAACAAAAACAUUACCAAAGUGAGAUGUACGGAUUGGAAAGGAAGUGGGAAAGUGUCUUACGAAGAUAUCAGUAGCCUGGAGUCGCACUUCGAUAAGGGAGAGUUGUUCUCUUUUCUAUCUGCUUCUAGGAACUCGGAUGUGAUUGAUAGUGAUCAGUUCUUCAGGGAAGAUGAGAAGAAUGACGAAAGAGUUGGACGUAUUGUUGCUCUGAUCAAUGCCAAACAAGAUUGGUCAGAAUUCGAAUGGGAAGUUCAGGAUUUGCCUCAAAAUUUGGAGCUGUCUGAUUCAGAAGAGGGUGUUGAUGUCGGAGAUGUCACAGAAACCCAUGUGGAGGAACCAUCACAUGUAGAGGAACCGGCUGUUGUUGCAAGAAGGGGCAAACGUAAGAUAAAUGAUCCUGGUGUCGAGGCCCGAAAGAAACAAUUGGUUUGUCAACGGGUGGCUGAACAUAGCAGUAGUAUCUCCGGUCAGAUGAAGACUUUCAUUGAAGUAUUAUUCACCUCUUUAAAGGAGGUGGUGCAGAAAGACAUCCAAAAGCAUUUCGACAAAGAGAUGGCUCAACUCAAGGAAGUGGAGUCUAAGAUUCCGGGUCCGUCAGAUACAAUGGGAAAAGAAAGAGCCUCUGAGAUUCUGUGUCCUUCAGCAACAAUGGAGAAAGACCAAUGGCGAGAAACAUCAUAG